UAAGGCCUAAGCAUAUUAAAGACGUGCUUCCACCGCAGGAUCCUAGGACAGAAGUCUUAGGGUAUAAGUACAUCUGCGAGAAUGGAGUCCUGGCCCUUUAAGGGUGCAUGCUAAGGGGCGGGGUCUAGAGCGGAAGUUGUAAAUCAGGACCGAAGUUCGGCUCAAGAAGGGCGGAAGUAGAGUGUUCAGGGUUGCAAUUAUGGCGCAGGAAAAGGAAGAUAUUCGAGAUUACAAUUUGACUGAAGAACAGAAGGCAAUCAAGGCCAAAUAUCCUCCAGUCCUUCGGAAGUACGAGUAUUUGGAUCAUACAGCAGAUGUCCAGUUACAUGCGUGGGGAGAUACUCUGGAGGAAGCAUUUGAGCAGUGUGCGAUGGCCAUGUUUGGUUACAUGACAGAUACUGGGACUGUGGAGCCCCUCCAAACACUAGAAGUAGAAACCCAAGGAGAUGACCUACAGUCUCUUCUGUUUCACUUUUUGGAUGAGUGGCUUUAUAAGUUCAGUGCCGACGAAUUCUUCAUACCCCGGGAAGUGAAGCCUUAUUCUAUUCUCUCUUCAUCGACUGAGGUGUUUGUUGCCACCACAAGAAUUUGCAAAGUUGCUGCUUCUUCACACAUACGGGAUAGAAGAUUGCCACUGGGUGGUGCCAAAUACCGUUACAGCAUGCUCAACUUGACCUAAGAUGAAGACAUUGUCUGUGAGCUUCCGAAGUGUUCUCAGCACUGUAUUUUUUUCCUCUGGGUGUUUAACAGAAAGUAGAGCUAAUGGAGACUGGUCCCCGAGCCUGCGGAUUGAAGAGUAGUUCUUGACGUGAAUAUGCAGCAAGGUCGCUGGGGUGGUGCUUCCCCUUCUGUAUUUUGAGGCACGUUUUGUUAAUUUGAACUGUGGCCCUCUAAGCAAAAACUGUCUAGAAGAACCUCUUUACCUUUUGUCAGGAUGAAUUUCCAGGCUAACCCAGGGCCAUUUUUUUCAUGGACCCCUUCGAACAUGAUGGGCUAUUUGGAGCAUUGAUUGUGAAAAUGAGCAACGGGAUACGGUAAGUCCAACGGAAGAGCUGAAUCCAGGAUAAGAGCUCUCGGGAUGUACUAAGCCUUAGUACUAAGUUGUGCUAAGGUACAAACCUGACCAGCACCUCUUACCACCAGUGCUGUGUAAUGGGGUUCAGUAAAAGCAAGUCAGCUUUAAUUAUGCGA